CUGGCGGCCGGAUUCCCCUCACCCGGCGGGUUGGCGCUAAAGAGGAGCCAAGUUUGAAAUCCCAGUUCGAGGGCGGAGGCGGCUGGUCGGAGGAACGGCGCCGGGAGGAACUCUUCAAGUUUUAAAGCGCAGAAGAUGCCACGAAGGUGCUUAAUGCAAGAGUAUGAAGAUACCGCAUUGAAAAAUUGUCCAAUUUCAGGGAAGGCAUUUUACCUAGAUCUUCCAGAUAAUAAGAGCACAAAACUGUUGGAGGGUGUUCUGAAAAAAAUGGGAGGGACAAUCGAAAGCUUUCUCAGUAAAGAAGUGACUUAUGUCAUUUCCAACAGUAAAGAAGCAAACCUCCGGAGUAAAUCAGCCAAUCUAGCAUCAGCUCCAAACAGGAAAUCUUUGAAAAAUGACCAGGCUAAUUCCUCUCAUUCAAUCUACUUCAGAAAUGGUCAGAUGAUCAGCAGAGGAAAGCGACUACUUGAAAAAGUGAUCAAGAACAAUGAAUGUGGAGUUGUUAACAGUACUUUGGCUAAUGCACGUUCCUGGGGAGUGAAAAUCCUACAUCUUGAUGAUCUACUGGCAUAUUUUGAGAAAAGGGGUGUUAAGAAGUUGCUAAAUGCUAAUAGGAAGACUCUGGGAAAUGAACAUUCAUCUAAUUACGUUUACAAGAGUAAUAAAGUGGGAAAACUAAAACAGCCUUUUCUUAAAAUUGAAGAUUCCAGUCGGCAUUAUAAACCCCUUUACCACCAGUUUGUCAACUAUCCUGAACUGAACUACAAAUCUCGUAAAGGAUUUAGUGCAUUUGAACAUCUGAAGAAAUCUAAAAAUGGAUGUCAGGAGCAAGAAAAGAGCAAGCUUGGGGUCUGUAGAAUGACAGACAGUGAAGGAGAUUUAGAAACCCUCACAAAACCAGCAGAAUUGCAUAUGGAAAAGAAACGGCAUCGCUUCUGUGAAUGUUGCCGUGAAACAUUUUAUGAUCUUGUUACACAUCUUCACUCAAAACGGCAUCAGGAUUUCGCCAGUAACCCCUCUCACUUCACAGACCUUGAUGAUAUUAUGUCUCGAAUGGAAAAUGAAUUUGUAGAGUGCCAAAGCAAUGGGUGCAUCCAGCGAUCCACGAAGACUGCUGCAAGUACUGGAAUUUCAUUAUCCAAGUUGUAUGUGGAAUCAUUGCAGGCUGUCGAUAAUCUUGUUCUUGAGGAUGAAGAACAAGAUCAUUCACUUGACUCUGUAGCCGAAAGUGAAGUGAUAAAUUUUCCUUUAAAAGGGCUGGGACAAAUUGAAAAGAUGGGACAAAAUUCAAAGCUGCAAGAUGUGAAACCUGAUGAAAUGAAGGAAGAUCCAAACUUCGAAGUUAUUAAACAUAAUCCCCUUCAGCAGGAUUACGACCUGGCAUCUAUAAAUUCUAUGAAUAGAAUAGAUACACAUUCUAAACAGCUGGUGGUGAAAUUAUUGGAUUUCAAUACAGUAGGGAAAGCAGCAUGCCUCAAAUCUAAUGAACAAAUGAAUGUUAUAAAUGCUUCUAUGCAGGAAGUUUCACAUGAUGCUAACAAUGAGGGAAAUUCAGAAAUAUGCCAUCAGGAAAAACAAGAACCAAUGAAUUCUGCAUCUGAAGAAAUUUUGAGUUGUGUGAAGGCUUUCCCUAAAUCCCAGAAGAUUGAUUGUGAUGCAUUUACAAGAGAGAAUGAAUGCAGUUUCAAAAAACGCAAGCGCUCCAAUGAUACUAGUUCGCACAAUGAGAGGAGCCCAAGACCUAGACUGGAUGAUUUGGCUGAUGAGUGUGAUUUUGUCACUUACUUUAAAAGUAGCAAUUCGCUUGCUGGUAAUUUUGGUGAAUAUCUUUCCCAACCACAUAGAGAACUGUUUUAUUUAUCAGAGCCGGACAAACCCUUCACUUCUACUUGUUUUGAACAAAAUACAUUUCCUGCUACAUAUUCCAUGAACAUCUCUAUUGGGGAGCAUUUUGACUUAAUACCUAAGCUUAAUUCAGACAAACCUUUGAAUAUUAAAGAAGGUCUAGAAGACUUGCAAAGCAAGAAUGAUUUCAAAAACCUGAUGAAUCCACAAAGAGUCAUUUGGAAUUGUGAAGAGAAACCAAACUACUCAAACACUACAGCUACAGAUAAUCAAGAAGUAGGUGCUGAAAAUCAAUUUGUUCAAACCAUUGAAACUACUUCAAAUGAGGAAGAACAACUGAAACUUACUUUAAGCAGCACAACAAUUCAGGCUAGUAAAGAGUUACCAUCAACUUCUCUGAACACUGAAGAUUUUGUAUCUCAAAUUAGGAAAGUAGUUCUUAAUAAUGAAAUCAUGCUUAUGGAUGAAGCAAAACUUCAAAACACAAACAGAGAAAUUAAUCCCAGAACUGCAGCAAGAAAUAGUGUAGCACAGCUUGCAACUUACAAUGAAACCAGUAGCAAUACACCUCUAGAAUGCGACACAUUUCUUAAUUCAAAUACUGAUUCUCAAGCAGAUGAAAAUGGAUGUAAAAAUUCAUUCAGCUUCUGCCAUCUUGCCUUUAAAGAUGAUAUAGUUCAAACACAUACAUUUUCAUCAGAAUCUGAAUGGGAUAUUCAGUUACCUGCACAAUGUGACAUUACACAAACCAUUACCAAAGACCUGUCUGUUGAUGUGGAACUCUUGAGAAAGACAUGUGUAAAUAUGAAAGAUGCAGAGUAUGAGACUCAGUUAUACUCAGUUUUAAAGGACAAAUCUGAGGUAGAUUGGAUCAACAAAGAGGGGCAUAAUCUAAUGAGCUGACAUACUGAAAUAAACAUCACAUUGUGUUUGAGUUCUGUCUGAAUAAUUGCACUUAUUACUGAUACUGCCAAAGUUAAUUGAAAGAUUCUAUUGAUUCUUUCAUUAUACUUUGUUAAUUACUUUACUUUUAAUGGGUUUAGAGAAAAACUUACAAAGGUUGUUGGUAUUACUUGUCCUAGAAUAAUACACUAGUCCUGAUUUUUGAGUUUCUGCUUCAAUUUCACCUUUUAAUAAAUGGCGUUCAAUUGAUUAAUAACAUUUGUCAGUGGGUAUUGGCAGACAAACUCAAAAGGAAAUGCAUACUCUUUAACUCAAAAUCUGCAUUUUGCAUUUUUUUCUUUCCGUUCCCUAGCUCCUAUGGUUUUCAUAGUACUGCAUAAUAUGAGCAAAGUAAACUCCAGGUGUUCUUAAGGGUCAGCAUACAAAGUUCCUUACUAGUAAUGCAACAUCUCCAGUUCAUUGCAGAAUGUUAGGAUGUAGAUCCAUGCCCAAGGUUCUGUGUAGCAUCUGAUUUUUGAAUGCUGUGAAGCAACAUACAGAGGCUACAUCCAUCCCUCCUUCAUUCCCUGCCACUCCCUGCUCCACAACAAUGGAAAGGUUGCACACUAAUUUCUUGUCCAUUUACAGAAUUUUCAAAUGGAACUGGUACAGGUUCCAGGAGCAAGCCUCUUGGUUCCCCUAAGAAUAUACAUGGCAGAAGUUCAUAUUCAUAAAGGCUCACCAGUCAUCUUCAGAAGUACUCCUUUUCCAAAUAUGCUGACAGAAGUAAAUAUAUUCAGGGAAGGGGUUUCAGCAAGAGAGAGUAUGAUAAAAAUAAGGUUGAUUACAAAGCAGUCGAUCUCAGAAUUUAGAGCAGUAGCAAAUAACAGCAGAUGAGGUUAUUUCAAAGCUCUUGAGUAUAGUUUAUGCAAUUGAACUAGACAUGCAAUCUAGUAUUUCAUUCUUUUUCAGCCAGUUCUGCAGUGCUACAGAAAAGCUUUAGAUUUCAUGUGCUAAAAGAAAUUCCAAGCAGUCACUGAUUAUUAUUCUGUUGCAUUCUGGCAACUUUCUAUAUGCUGAUGCCCUUUAGGGAUUUGAGUAUUGAAGGUCCAUCAAUGGCAGUCUUUCUAAGAUCAAACUCGGGUUAAAUUCACAUUUGCAGUACAUGUACAUUUGGAGAAAAAUAAACUAUCAGAUUCAUUUUGUACUCAAGUUAUAAGUGAUAAAGUGGACUCAUUAUUCCUUUUCAAUACUGAAAAUAAUAGUGGGAGGUAGUGGAUUUUUUAAUUUAUUCUCCUUCAUAAAGCUAGUAAUUUUAGGCCUCCGUUUCAAUCAGAGGUCACUAAUUGUGAUACAAGUGAACAUCUUCCUUAAGUUAAAAUUUUUAUCUUGCUCUUGGUUGUUUUGAUUCGGGCACCCAUGUUAAAAAACUAUGGAUGUUGGAACUAUUUUCAUUUAUUUGAAAAGGCAGAUGGGGAGAAAGAGAUGGGAGGAAAAUAAUGAAUUGGUUCCACCAGACAGAUUAUAAUGUAUAUUUCAUUAGGAAUGCAUACUUCCCCUUUUCAAUAAGGUAAAUCCAUGCACUCUUUGUGACUCUGUUCACAUUUUCUACCUUUUGAGCUCUUGGCAACCACACAGUUAAACGAAAACUUUGUUUGGUCUGCCAUUUUCCUCCCGGUAUUGAAAGGUAAAAAUUGUACUGGUAAGCACAUUUCAACAAUUAUUGAUUUUAAACUUAAGUAGCUGCCUUUCAUCUUUGGAAGAAACAACCAUUAGAAGUAAAUUUGUUACCAUUGUUCUCUGACUAAAAGUCUUUGUCUUAAUUUCCCAGGCAAUGAGUGAUGUGGCGAUAAAUGCAAUAGAUGUUCUAUUGUAUUGAUUGACUAACAAUGCACUGGACAGCAUUAGAUCGAUUAACAAUGCACUGGAUCAACUUGUAUUUUCGCUAAAACUGUUUGGAGCAUUGUCAUCAUACAAGUUUUUUCAAAUGUAAAGUAUUUGUCAGUAUGGCCUUAAAAUGAAUUGUAUUUGAUUUUUGCAUUAAGUACCACAAACAGCUUAAUGAUCUCAUGGUUUGGAAGACAAAAAAUCAUUGAAGUAUCUUAUAGUUAGCAAAUUUUACAUAUAUUUUUAGAAUAUAGAGUAUAAAAUUGUUUUCCUGAUCUAAUGAAGCUAUCUCUUGCAAUCUGCACAAAUGUAUAUUUUAAUCAUGGAAUCUACACUAGUUAGAAUCAUCAGAAUCAUUGAAAUAAAUGUUG